CAACCCACACCAGGCAUAAGCAGCGAGUGAGUGCAACGACCUUCGAUCAGCUAUAUCCUGCAUCGAUCUAGUCAUGCCUGUAGCAACGCUCCCGAGGCUCGUUGCCGUGGCGGCGCUAGUCGCGCUGAUGUGCGCCGUUGCUGUGGGUCAGGUACCUGCCGCCGGUGGUGCGCCGGUGUGCGAGGGUGUCGAUCAGGACGUCGUGAAUGCGUGCUUCAAGAGCUUUGGAGAAGGUAUGAAAAAUGCCAUUGCAGACAGGCAUCUUUCGGGGGGUAAGGUCAUUAAGGUUGGAGUAGACUGCUGCAUAGCCUUUGGAGGCCACUCGUGCCUCUGCAAGAUGAAGAAGGCGUGGACUGCCCAGGAUAAUGUGCAGUGUGUCAGGGAAAAGGCAUGUUAGUGAGCGCGUCAUGCAUGCAAGAUCUCUAGUUCGUUGGAUAUGUGUGUUUCUUGCAUGUUGGUUUCAAGCGGUCGAUGCCCACCUGCUCCAUGCUUGCUUUUUACUUGCUUCUGUCUGUCAUGUGAGUGUGUUCUGUUUUCCUAUAUAUGAGAGCGUUGAUCGGUCAGUUGAGUCUUUUUAGUUUGCACCAAUCAGAAAUAAAUGUGGGUGGAAUUUCUUGUUU